UAUAAACUGUGUAUCGGGAAAGGAAGAUCCCCAGGCUAGGCUUUUCCUCGGAGCCUGGCCCCGUCCUUUAAUAAAGCGAAGCAUUCCUCUUUGCGGCACUGUGCGGCGUGGGCCUCACCGCUUUCCGUCCCAUCUCCCUUCCUCUUCCCCCGCCCCUUUCCCACCGGGCACUCCUCCGUGUUCUUCGGCACGCGGGGUUCAGCAUGUCCACUCCGCCCUUAGCCGGGGCGGGGAUGCCUCCCGGAGCCUUUACCGGACCGCAGGCCCAAGCUGCCCGAGAGGUGAACACCGCGUCCCUCUGCCGGAUUGGCCAGGAAACCGUGCAGGACAUUGUAUAUCGCACCAUGGAGAUCUUCCAGCUGCUGAGGAACAUGCAGCUACCAAAUGGCGUCACUUACCACACUGGAACAUACCAGGACAGAUUAGGUAAACUUCAAGAUCAUCUCCGUCAACUUUCCAUCCUCUUCCGGAAACUAAGAUUAGUUUAUGAUAAAUGCAAUGAAAACUGUGCAGGACUAGAUCCUAUUCCAAUAGAGCAACUCAUUCCUUAUGUGGAAGAAGAUGGCUCAAAGAAUGAUGACCGUGGUGCUUCUGGUCAACUUCGUUUUGCCAGUGAAGAGAGGAGAGAAAUAGCAGAAGUAAAUAAAAAACUUAAACAGAAGAAUCAACAGCUGAAGCAAAUUAUGGAUCAAUUACGAAAUCUCAUCUGGGACAUAAAUGCCAUGUUGGCAAUGAGGAACUGAACUGUUUUUCAAAUUUGUACUUUAUGAUUUGCAUUAACUAUUUUCUCUUUAUUUUGAAUUCUUAUUUUUUAAGCAGUAGGUUAUUUGUUUGCUUUGUUGCAAUGUUACAAAAUUAAAUUAUUGUUUCUUUAUCCCAGAUAUGCAUUACAUAUUUCCUUUAUAAUUUAUUAGGUAACAUCUCUCUGUUAAGUACUUAUUGAUAGCUCUUAAUUUUUCUUAGUUUUCUUUGAUUCACUAAUUAUGUCAAAAGAUCUGAAUCCUAUUUGUUGUUAAAUUCAUUUUUCUUGCAUAAUUUUUCUUGAUUUUUAUCAUUUUAUAUUAUUUAGU